AUGGACAUCUCCGCGGACUAUAUCAACCACUUCAAGUCUCAGUACAACUCGGAGCACGCCGGAUCGUGGUGCUCGGCGUUCGAGGUUCUGGUGGCCAAGGCGUGGCAGAGCCGCACCCGCGCGGCGGGGUUCGAGCCGGAGUCCACCGUCCACCUCUGCUUCGCCAUGAACGCUCGGCCCCUCCUGCACGCCUCGCUCCCGGGCGCCGGGUUCUACGGCAACUGCUACUACAUCAUGCGCGUCUCGGCGCCCGCCGGCAAGGUGUCCGGCUCCUCGAUCCCGGACGUGGUGAAGAUCAUCAAGGACGGGAAGAGGCGGAUGCCGUCGGAGUUCGCGCGGUGGGCAACCGGGGAGGCCGGCGCCGACGGCGGCGAGGACCCGUACCAGAUCACGUCGGACUACCGCACGCUGCUGGUGUCAGACUGGACGCGCCUCGGGUUCGCCGAGGUCGACUAUGGCUGGGGCCCGCCGGCACACGUCGUGCCCCUGACGAACCUGGACUACAUCGCGACGUGCAUUCUGGUAAAGCCGUGGGCGCACAAGCCAGGGGCGCGGCUCAUCACCCAGUGCGUGACGCCCGACCGUGUCGCCGCCUUCCACCAAGGAAUGCUCAACAUGAACUGA